AGCAGUGAGUGAGUGGACUGGCAGGGUUGGGGAGAUCAAGAAUGUCGCCACGCGCGCUCGAUUUGCCUUUUCGCCGUCAUCGCCAUCGCCAUCGCUUUAGGCCCUCCCUUCCUGCUUGAUGAUUUGCCCGUCAAGAAAAGAAAAGAAAGAAAAAAAGAAAAGUGAAAAAAAGCAAGCAAGUGUGAAAUGACAGGAGGGCGGGGAAGAAGAGAAGAGAGAGAAAAAAAAAGGACGAGAUGCGUGCCGGCCACUCCAGACGGUGUGUAUGGGUGUGUGGUGUGUGGUGGUUGGCAAUCUAGACGCAAAGCGCGGAACCAGAGCGCCCAACCACGCAUCCCAGCCUCCCCUCCCCCGCCCUCCCCUUCACACCCAGCCCUCGCUGCGCCCCUCGCUCCUUGUCCCGCUUCUACCGCCAGCCCCCCGCCACCGUCGCUGUCGCCCAGCAGUAAGGUAGCAUCGCCCCAAGAUGUGUGUUUGAGUGCGUGUGUGUGAUGUGUUUUUUUGUUUUACGUUGGAUCUCGCCCCGUUGCGCCGCCUAAUGGUGG